CAACUAUUCAACAACGCGAACGCCUAAAUUUAAGGUUAUGUCAUCUGGGGCUUGUCCAUAUGAAUUAUGAGCGAAAACGUUGGUUAUUGCGUGCUAAUUAAUAAUAUAGCAUUAAUUUAACGUUUGUAGUGCCUUUAUUUUGCAUAAGUUGCUUCUAAAGCAAGUUAAAUGGAUCACACGCUGUCGAACAUACCUCCUCCCGGAUUUGGGCCACCUCCGUCGACGAUGCCGACCCCACCGAUGAUGCCACCCGUUCAUAUGCCACCGAUGGGCGGCUUUCCGCCCAUGAUACCAUCGUUCAGCGUACCGCCGCCCGGCUUUAACUCGUUUCCGCCUCAUCCGACCCAAGGACAGGAAUGGACAGAGCAUAAGGCACCCGACGGUAGGACGUACUACUACAACGCGCUCACUAAGCAAAGUUCCUGGCAGAAACCUGACACGUUGAAAUCCGCAACCGAGCUGCUACUGUCGCAAUGCGCCUGGAAAGAGUACACCGCCGAUAACGGCAAGGUCUACUAUCACAAUAUCAACACAAAGGAGUCGCGCUGGGUCAUUCCGCCCGAGCUGGAAGAAAUAAAAAAGAAAAUCUCGGAUGAGGACAACAAGCGGCCAUUGACUCCACCGGUCGCCGAGGUCGCCAGUCCGCUAUCGGUGCACACAACUACGGGGGGAAAUACGCCAACCAUCAGUUCGCCGAUUACCACCAAUUCUGCGAGCAUAAGUCCAGGCGGUAAGAGCGCCUUGGAGUCGGCGAUGGCGGCUACGUUAGCCGCGAUCAACUUGCCGACACCCCCACCCAAACAAGAUGAGGAUUCGAAUUUAUCGACGCACAGCAUACAACCGCCCGCCGAAUCGCGUAAUUCCACACCCGAACCGCGCGUCUUCAAAGACAAAAAGGAGGCGAUGGAAGCCUUCAAGGACCUGCUGAAGGACUGCAACGUCGCGUCGAACGCCUCCUGGGAGCAGUGCCUGAAGGUGAUCAUAAACGAUCCGCGCUACGAGACGUUCAAGAAGUUGAACGAGAAGAAGCAGGUGUUCAACGCGUACAAGACGCAAAAGCAGAAGGACGAAAAGGAGGAGAAUCGGCUCAAGGCGAAAAAGGCGAAGGAGACGUUGGAGGAUUUCCUGCUGAAUUCGGAUAAAAUUACGUCCGCCACAAAGUACUAUCGUUGCGACGAAAUCUUCAUUAAUUUGGAGGUGUGGCAAUCUGUGCCCGAUUCCGAUCGGAGAGAGAUUUACGAGGAUGUCGUUUUCGCCUUGGCCAAGCGAGAGAAAGACGAGUCUAAGGUACUGAAGAAGCGCAACAUGAAAAAACUGGCGGAGGUUUUAGACAACAUGGCCGACAUCAACUACGAUACGACGUGGAGCGAGGCGCAGGCCCUGCUGUUGGGGAACACCGCGUUUAAAAACGACGUCAACCUGCUCGCGAUGGACAAGGAGGACGCGCUGAUCGUGUUCGAAGAGCACAUCCGUCAGUUGGAGAAGGACGAGGUCGAGGACAAGGAGAGGGAGAAGAGGCGCUUCAAGCGGCAGUGUCGGAAGAACCGCGACCAGUUCUUGGCGCUGCUCGACGCGCUUCACGAGGAGGGCAAGCUCACCUCGAUGUCCCUGUGGGUCGAACUCUAUCCGAUUAUUUCGGCGGACGUGCGGUUCUCCGCAAUGCUGGGUACGUUUUUUCAAUAUAGACAGUGCGGAUCGACGCCGCUUGAUCUCUUUAAGUUUUACGUUGAAGACUUGAAGGCGCGGUUCUACGACGAGAAGAAAAUCAUACGUGACAUACUGAAGGAGAGGGAGUUUGACGUUAAGAUCGAUACGUCAUUCGAGCAGUUUGCCACCGUCGUCUGUGAAGAUAAGAGGAGUGCCAGUUUGGAUGCGGGAAAUGUUAAACUUACGUAUAAUUCACUGUUGGAAAAGGCGGAAGUAAAGGAGAAGGAGCGUCUUAAGGAAGAAAGUAAGCGCUUAAAAAAAUUGGAGGUUAGCUUUAAAAAUCUACUGCGCGAAUUAAACGUCGAUUACGAACUAUCCUGGGAGGAGGUCAAGUCGAAGUUGGAGAACGAGGAGGAGUUUCAGGCGUUCGCGUCGGACAGCGAGAGGGAGAAGGUUUACAAGGAAUUCCAAUACGAAAUGGAAGAAUCUUGCAGUCACCAUCACUCACGAUCGCGAAAGUCGAAGAAAUCGAAGAAGAGUAAGAAGUACAAGUCGUCCAGCACCAGCGAAUCGGAAGAGGAGCGCGGUAAGAAGAGCAAGCACAAGUCGAGAAGCGACACGCCCUCGUCGCCCGACAGCGGAGACGAGUACACCAAAAAGAAGAAAAAGAAGAAGCACAAGAAGAAAAGCGUAUCUCGGUCCCCAUCUGAGGAACGUUCAAAUCACAGGCCGGCCAAAACUCCUGCGACCGGUAAGGGCGAAUUCUCCGAGUCCGAAUUAGAAAAACAGAGGAUGAUGUUACUUGCUCAACUUAAGGAACCCGAGAGCGAAUGAUUUCCGCAAUUGCCACAAUGUAUAAUAUAGAUUUGGGUUUUAGUGUAAGAUUUGGUCGUGUACAUAUAAACAGGGGUGUCGAUGUCAUUUCAGUGAUGAAAAUUAAACAAAUUUUUUUAGCUGA